GGCGCGGUCCGCAAUUCUGAACCGGACAGCCAGGGAAGAGGCGGGCUAGAGCUGGCGAGGAACUCCCGAUUCCCUGCUACAUCUUGCUGAUGCAGGCUUCAGCCUCCGUCUCUCAGUAGGCUCGGGAGCCAGAGCCACAAGGGUGGGGGUGGGAGAGUGGAAGGAGGCGGGAGGAGACUGAGAGAGACGCUUACUCACUCUACUCAGAGUUGCUGCUGGGCUUCCUACAACUGGACUCCGCGGACCCUGGGACGGUGACCCUCGCCCGGCAGCGCCGCAUACAGGAGGCAGACGAAGAGCCAGGACCGAGCGCCUCCCUGCAGGAUCCCGGCUGCCAUGCACGGAGGGAUGGCUUGGGGCUCAGCCUGGCCAUCGCUACUUCUGCCUCUGUGGCUCAUUUGGGGCGCCGGCUGGUCCAGCGCGGCGUCGGGGGACGACAACACGUUUCCUUUUGACAUUGAAGGGAGCUCAGCCGUGGGCAGGCAAGACCCUCCCGAGACAAGCGAGGCCCGCGUGGUUCCGGGACGCCUGCUGCCUGCUGCAGAGAAAUGUGAUGCUGGAUUCUUCCGAGCUGUGUCCGGAGAAUGCUUGCCCUGUGACUGCAAUGGCAACUCUGAUGAAUGCUCAGAUGGCUCUGGAGUCUGUAUGCACUGCCUGCGAAACACAACAGGAGAACAUUGUGAAAAAUGUCUGGAUGGCUAUAUCAGCGAUUCCAUCAGGGGCCCACCUCGGUUCUGCCAGCCAUGCCCCUGUCCCCUUCCUCACUUGGCCAAUUUUGCAGAAUCCUGCUACAGGAAAAGUGGAGCUGUUCGGUGUGUCUGUAAAGAAAACUAUGCUGGACCUAACUGUGAAAGGUGUGCUCCUGGUUACUAUGGAAACCCCUUACUCGUUGGAAGUACCUGUAAGAAAUGUGACUGCAGUGGAAAUUCAGAUCCCAACCUAAUCUUUGAAGACUGUGAUGAAGUCACUGGCCAGUGUAGGAAUUGCUUGCGUAACACAACAGGAUUCAAGUGUGAACGCUGUGCUCCUGGCUACUAUGGAGAUGCAAGGAGAGCCAAGAACUGUGCAGUGUGCAAUUGUGGGGGAGGCCCAUGUGACAGCGUAACCGGAGAAUGCUUGGAAGAAGGUUUUGAACUCCCUAAAGGCACGGACUGCCCAACCAUAAGCUGUGACAAGUGCAUCUGGGAUCUGACAGAUGACCUGCGGCUGGCAGCACUCUCCAUGGAGGAAAGUAAAUCGGGGCUACUGAGCGUGUCUUCUGGGGCUGCGGCUCAUAGGCAUGUGAAUGAAAUGAACUCCACCAUCCACCUCCUCAAAGCAAGAUUAUCAGAAAGAGAAAACCAGUAUGUCCUAAGAAAGAUACAAAUCAACAAUGCUGAGAACACAAUGAGAAGUCUUAUGUCUGACCUAGAGGAAUUAGCUGGAAAGGAAAGUCGAGCCUCACAGAAGGGGCAACUGGUUCAGAAGGAGAGCAUGGAUACAAUCAACCAUGCAACUCAGCUUGUAGAGCAAGCCCGUAACAUGAGAGACAAAAUCCAAGAAAUCAACAACAAGAUGCUUUAUUAUGGAGAGGAUCAGGAGUUUGGCCCUGAGGAGAUCUCUGAGAAGCUGGUGUUGGCCCAGAACAUGCUUGAGGAGAUCAGACGCCGGCAGCCAUUCUUCACCCAACGGGAGCUUGUGGAUGAGGAAGCAGACGAAGCCCACGAACUGUUGAGCCAGGCUGAGAACUGGCAGAGGCUGUACAAUGACACUCGCUCGCUGUUUCCUGUCGUCUUGGAGCAGCUGGAUGACUACAAUGCGAAGCUGUCAGAUCUGCAGGAAUCACUGGACCAGGCCCUGAACCACAUCAGGGAUGCUGAAGACAUGAACAGGGCCACAGCAGCCAGGCAGAGGGAUCACCAGAAACAACAUGAGAAAGUGAGGGAACAAAUGGAGGUGGUAAACACAUCUCUGAAUGCAUCUGUGGACUCUCUGAAGACACCUCGUCUGAGCCUUUUGGAACUUGAUGAUAUAAUAAAGAAUGCAUCAGGGAUUUAUGCAGAAAUAGAUGGAGCCAGAAAUGAACUGCAAGGAAAACUAUCCAACCUAAGUAACCUCAGUUAUGACUUAGUACAAGAAGCUAUUGACCAUGCACGUAACCUACAACAAGAAGCUGAUGAGUUGAGCAGGAAUUUACACAGUUCUGAUAUGAAUGGAUUGGUACAGAAGGCACUGGAUGCAUCAAAUGUCUAUGAAAAUAUUGCCAAUUACAUUAGUGAAGCCAAUGAAACAGCAGAAUUAGCUUUGAAUAUCACUGAUCGAGUUUAUGAUGCUGUGAGUGGCAUUGAUACUCAAAUAAUUUACCAUAAAGAUGAAAGUGAUAACCUUCUCAAUCAAGCCAGAGAACUGCAAGCAAAAGCAGAUUCAAGCAAUCAGGAAGCAGUGGCUGACACUAGCAGACGUGUGGGUGGAGCCCUUGUGAGAAAAAGUGUCCUCAGAAACAGGCUAAAUGAUGCCAUUAAACAGCUACAAGCAACAGAGAGAGGUGACACCCAGAAGCUCCUGGGUCAGUCCAGGCUGAUCAUCGCUGAAGCUAACAAGACCACACUGGAGGUCCAGCAGGCCACUGUCCCCAUGGAGGCUAAUAUAACCAACUGGAAGCAGAAUCUGCAAAGCUUCGACUCUUCUGUUUACAACACUGCAGUGGACUCUGCUAGAGAUGCAGUAAGGAAUCUGACAGAAGUUGUCCCUCAGCUCCUGGAUCAGCUGCGGACGGUAGAGCAGAAACGACCUGCCAGCAAUGUUUCAGCCAGCAUUCAGAGAAUCCGAGAGCUCAUUGCACAGACCAGAAGUGUUGCUAGCAAGAUCCAAGUCUCCAUGAUGUUUGAUGGUCAGUCGGCGGUUGAAGUGCACCCAAAAACCAAUAUUGAUGACCUAAAGACCUUCACCUCCCUCAGCCUGUACAUGAAGCCCCCUGUGAAGCAGCCAGAAGAGGCUGGGAUUGCAGAUCAGUUCAUCCUGUAUCUCGGAAACAAAAACGCCAAAAAAGAAUAUAUGGGUCUUGCGAUCAAAAAUGAUAACUUGGUGUAUGUUUACAAUUUGGGAAGUAAGGAUGUGGAGAUUCCCCUUGACUCCAAGCCCGUCAGCUCCUGGCCUGCUCACUUCAGCAUUGUCAAGAUUGAAAGGGUUGGAAAACAUGGUAAGGUGUUUUUAACAGUCCCAAGUCUAAGUAGCACAGCAGAAGAGAAAUUUAUCAAAAAGGGGGCAGGCGAUGACUCCUUGCUGGACCUAAACCCUGAGGACACUGUGUUUUAUGUUGGUGGGGUGCCUUCGAACUUCAAGCUACCUGCCAGCUUAAACUUGCCUGGUUUCUCAGGCUGCCUGGAAUUGGCCACUUUGAAUAAUGAUGUGAUCAGCCUGUACAACUUUAAGCACAUCUAUAACAUGGAUCCUGCCAAAUCAACACCCUGUGCCAGGGAUAAACUGGCCUUCACUCAGAGCCGUGCUGCCAGUUACUUCUUCGAUGGCUCUAGUUAUGCUGUGGUGAGGGAUAUCACAAGGAGAGGGAAAUUUGGUCAGGUGACUCGCUUUGACAUAGAAGUUAGAACCCCAGCUGACAACGGCCUCGUGCUCCUGAUGGUCAAUGGAAGCAUGUUUUUCAGCUUAGAAAUGCGCAGUGGUUACCUACAUGUGUUCUAUGACUUCGGAUUUAGUAAUGGCCCUGUGCAUCUCGAAGACACGCUAAAGAAAGCUCUAAUUAAUGAUGCAAAGUACCAUGAGAUCUCAAUUAUUUACCAUAAUGAUAAGAAAAUGAUCUUGGUGGUUGACAGACGGCAUGUCAAGAGCAUGGAUAAUGAAAAGAUGAAAAUACCUUUUACAGAUAUAUACAUUGGAGGAGCACCCCCAGAGGUAUUGCAAUCCAGGACCCUAAGAACACAUCUUCCUCUAGAUAUCAACUUCAGAGGAUGUAUGAAAGGGUUCCAAUUCCAAAAGAAAGACUUCAACUUAUUGGAGCAGAAAGAAACCCUGGGAGUCGGUUAUGGAUGCCCAGAGGACUCUCUUAUAUCUCGCAGAGCUUAUUUCAAUGGGCAGAGUUUCAUUGCUUCAACUCAGAAAAUAUCUUUCUUCGAUGGCUUUGAAGGAGGCUUUAAUUUCCGUACAUUACAGCCAAAUGGACUGCUAUUCUACUAUGCAUCAGGGUCAGAUGUGUUUUCCGUUUCACUGGAUAAUGGCACAGUCGUAAUGGACGUGAAGGGCACCAGGGUUCAGUCAACAGAUAAGCAAUACAACGAUGGGCUGUCCCAUUUCAUCGUCACCUCUGUGUCACCCACAAGAUAUGAACUGAUCAUAGAUAAAAGCAGACAUAGGAAUAUGAAUUCUACCAAUGGGAAAGUGGAACCUAUGCAAACAGGUGAAAAGAAGUUUUACUUCGGUGGAUCUCCAAUCAGUCCCCAGUAUGCAAAUUUCACCGGCUGUAUAAGUAAUGCCUACUUUACCAGGCUAGACAGGGAUGUGGAAGUGGAAGAUUUCCAGCGGUACUCUGAAAAGGUUCACACUUCUCUUUACGAAUGUCCCAUUGAACCCUCACCAUUGCUUCUCCUGCACAAAAAAGGAAAAAAUUCCUCGAAGCCAAAAACAAAUCACAACAAAAAGGGAGAGAAAAGUAAAGACGCACCUUCCUGGGAUCCUGCUGGCCUGAAAUUCCCAGAGCAGAGCGUUCCAAGAGACUUUCACUGCCACCUCUCCAACAGCCCCAGAGCGAUAGAGCACGCCUAUCAAUAUGGGGGGACUGCCAACAGCCGCCAAGAGUUUGAACAUUUAAAAGGAGAUUUUGGUGAAAAAUCUCAGUUUUCCAUUCGUCUGAAAACUCGUUCCUCCCAUGGGAUGAUUUUCUACGUUUCGGAUCAAGAAGAGAAUGACUUCAUGACUCUAUUUUUAGCACACGGCCGCUUGGUUUUCAUGUUUAAUGUUGAUCACAAGAAACUGAAGAUUAGAAGCCAGGAGAAGUACAAUGAUGGAUUGUGGCAUGAUGUUAUAUUUAUUCGGGAAAAGAGCAGUGGCCGGCUGAUCAUUGAUGGUCUUCGAGUCCUGGAAGAAAGUCUUCCUCCUACUGGGGCUGCCUGGAAAAUCAAGGGCCCCAUUUAUUUGGGAGGUGUGGCCCCUGGAAGGGCUGUGAAGAAUGUCCAGAUUAAUUCAGUCUACAGCUUCAGUGGCUGUCUUGGCAAUCUCCAGCUCAAUGGGGCCUCCAUCACCUCUGCUUCCCAGACAUUUAGUGUGACCCCUUGUUUUGAAGGUCCAAUGGAAACAGGAACUUACUUUUCAACAGAAGGAGGAUACGUGGUGCUAGAUGAAUCUUUCAAUAUUGGACUGAAGUUUGAAAUAGCAUUUGAAGUCCGACCCAGAAGCAGUUCUGGAACCCUUGUCCAUGGCCACAGUGUCAAUGGGGAGUACCUAAAUGUUCACAUGAAAAAUGGACAGGUCAUAGUGAAAGUCAACAAUGGUAUCAGGGACUUUUUCACCUCGGUGACGCCCAAGCAGAGUCUCUGUGACGGCAGGUGGCACAGAAUUACAGUUAUUAGAGAUUCAAAUGUGGUUCAGUUGGACGUGGACUCUGAAGUGAACCAUGUGGUUGGACCCCUGAAUCCAAAGCCUGCUGAUCACAGGGAGCCUGUGUUUGUUGGAGGUGUUCCAGAGUCUCUGUUGACGCCACGCUUGGCACCUGGCAAACCUUUCACAGGCUGCAUCCGCCACUUUGUGAUUGACGGGCGCCCAGUGAGUUUCAGCAAGGCAGCCUUGGUCAGCGGCGCUGUGAGCAUCAACUCCUGUCCAGUAGCCUGACAUGACCAAGCACAGCAACCCUAGUACAAAGUUCUGCAGAGCACUGAAAUAAACAUGAAACCAGCCAAGAGGAACAACAUUUCUUCCCUUCCCAGGGGAAACUUUUAUUUGGUUGAACUGAACUGAAAUGAAUCAUCAGGGACUGGAUGCCCCAUGUUUCUCAUUUGGAAUCUUACCUUGAACCCAAAGUGUCUGCAAUGGACAACAAUGAAGAAGUGGUAAACUUACUUGUAUUGAGAGCACACCUGCUUCCCGCUGGCAAAUUUACUGUGCCUGUUUCUAAUAAAAUAGAAGGGAUUCUUAAUAAACACUGGCACAUAUUUAAAGUACGGCUAGAUUCUCAGAUUUAUCUUUCUUCCAGGGACGAUAACUUUCAACAUAACCCAAAAUUUCUUUGUCCUAGGCUACCUUUAUCUGGAAGAAGAUGUACUCAUUUACAUAAAACCUAAAAUCAGGUUUGUUGGUAGUGUCUUAAUUUGGUCUAUCAGUAAUACUAUUUUAGGUUUAUAGCAGUUAGGA